GAUCGUGACAUAUCACUGUCGGUGGUUAGUAGCUUGCAAUGAAGAUUCAAAAUUCGGCCAGUGCAAAGUUAGAACGAUUAACGCAUUUCGUCGUAAGAAUCUUCUGUGCAAACUCUGAUAGUGUUGAUAAUCUAAUGAAAUUUUGCCUCGUAAACCUUUAAGCAAUACCGACAGAAAAUUGAAGAGAAUAGCAGAAAAACAUCGAAAUAAAUUUUACCUAAGGCUUCUUUAAGAAUUUAAGAAAACUCACUACGAUUGUUGACUCAACAAAGAAUCUGUCUGAACAUUUUACCAUUAGAAACACAAACACACGUUUGUCAUUCGAGUGAAUCGGGAGAGUAUAACAUACUUUUCCACGUAAAAAGAUUUGGAUUACAUAAAUUUACUUAAAUAAAAUUGUACAUUGGCAACAAAUGCAUAUCCUGGUUAUGCAACAAGUAAUGCAAAACCUGUAUGAAAUAUUUAAAAAAAUAUUCACCUGUCUUGUGUUAACCAGUUUAUUGGGGCUGGCGCCCUAGAGGCUAUAUGGCAUAACUAUUCUAUAUAGGUGUCGAAAAUGAUAUAUUGCGUUUACGACUUUGAAAUUAUUAAAACAGUGAAAGUUUCCUUACAUUCCGGUGUGUCUACCUCACGAAUUUGAAUCAGACUCACUGAACUGUAGGACGACGCCCGAUUCGACCGAACAGUAACAAAAUGCUGAAAAAAAUAGCUUACUUGUGUUUUAUAAGACACUAAGAAAUGUCAAGGAGCAUCCGUUGUUUCCGCCAUUUUAAGCCUCGUCGAUAUUCAAAAGCCAAGGAUAAACAAUUAAACCAAUUUGUAAUUGCUGAUUUGAAGUAGUCAGUUUGCAGACAUAACUUUUUUUGGCUUGUCUACCAGAUCAUCUAUGAAAUAAAAAGUUCAGAAACAUUGAUUAGUAUAAAACUAAAUGUUUCAACAACACUUCAGAAUGGUUGACCCCAAACAAAAGCUUGUUACGAGUUAGACAGGGCAAUGAUACAAAUCCCAGAACAAUAUGUCCUAUUUAAUACUAAAAUAUGUUUAAGCAGAAAAAUUACCUUUCACAAUUUGUAGUUGGAAUACUAUACAUCAAUUCGGGUGGGAGAAUUAACACUUUGUACUGAAAUGUUACCUUUCCUCAAAUAAUGUUUGCCAUUCUUGCUCGCAUGAUGGAGUUUGCUCUGAGCCUCUGACCAAUCAGAGGAUCUAGAAUACAAGCAAAUAUGGCCGCCAUAAACACCCAUCCCUUAGUCACUUUUCCUUUUCAUGCAGUCAUUUCUAACCUCAGCGUUUCUUAGGUGAAAACUACCAGUUGCCCUCAAAGAAAGUAGAUCACGUUAGCCUUUAUUAAAAAUAAGAUGGCCGUUAUUAAAAUGGAGACAAUAGAAACUUGAGAUUAUCUCGACCAUUUCCCCAUUCUGUUGAAUUGUGGAAACUUUAGAUAAACCAUGUUGAUGAUGGAUACACCGAUUCGUAGGACGCAAUAUGGCUGCUGUAAUUCAAAAACAAAAGGAGUGAAAGGCAAUAACUUUAUAUUUCCUUUUGCUUUAUUGUGAGUUAAAUGAACAAGGAAAACACUUACGAACCACUGAGGGAGAAACAGAUAUAGGUACAACACAGACAUAUUACAAACCUAUUCGUUAAUCAAUAUCUUAGGAUUCCACCGACUGUUUUUGUGGGAAACGAACAAAUUGCAGAAAGACACUGACGUUAGAUCUUGAGACUUACCUUCGGUGAUUUGGUAUUGUCGUUUAAUAUUUAAAGACCGGUACUGAACACGUGACUGAAUGCAAGAUCGCCAUGGAUGGUGGUAAAAUCUGAAGGAUAAGCCGGCAUCUAGCGGCCGAAACCCGUCUUUCAAAAGUUUUCCAGAUAAACAGGAAACAUUCCCGACGUCAGUAGUAUAAAGAUCCGUACACCUUGCAUUCGAAGAUUAGAAGGUCAUACCCUGUGGUAUUUCAAGUAAGUUCUUUUGCAGGUGUCUCUUGAUAGCUUUAGGGCAGCUUACCAAUUUAAAAAGAAUCAAGUCGUAAUGUGAUCUGUAAUAUUUCGUUUUAUUGUCUGGAUCUGUAAUUGCGAUUAACUUUGAUCAUCGUCCUAAUGGAAUCGUCGAGUGUGAAAGAUCGCAUUUUUCAAGCUGUGCGCAACGGGUCCAUCGGAGAGCUUCGUCAUCUUUUCAGCGACAAGGAAACAAUAUUGAAGAAUUUAAGUGAAAAGGAUGAAGACGAGCAUACGCCAUUGCACGUGGCCAUCAAAGAAAGACAAUUUGAAAUUAUUGAUUUCCUCCUCAAAACAAUCAAAGACAACAUCAACAUUGAAGGAAAUGUACGAUCAAAAAACAUCAGGAAAAUGUCUUUGUUUUCGUGGUCCAAAGUGGAUGUGGACAUGUUUUCUAUUGGACCACCCGAGAAGGACAAGGAGUUCACGCAAACGUUCGUUUGUCCAUCAUCUGAUACUGAAAUUAUUCGCGACAUUGCCAACCAGACCAGCGUACUCAAAUUAAUGGAAUACCUCAUCGACUUGGAUUACGACGACGUUUCUUGGUUCGAAUUUGUUACCAAUUCUUUUAUAACGAGUUCCAUGCCCCGACCAGAGAAGAUUAUAGCUCUUGAAUUGAUGGGAGCAGCAUUUGUGAUCAAGGAACUGCUUUCAGAAGUUGUGUGGGAAGAACACACCAUCUGUGUCCGGGGACUUCAGUGUUGGGAAAAGGCUUUUGAGCUCCGGAAUUCAAUAGCUAACGGACGCUUACCUAUCCCAAAGAUUCUUCAUCCUUUGAGCGACGUUGCUCGUAAAGCAAUUGGUGAUGUCAUCGAAGUGACCGCGCCUCUGCAACUGAAAGAAAUUCGGGAACAUCUAACGUAUCGUGACUCUCCAUCAAUGGCAUUUGCUCAAGCUCUGCUCGUUAUACUGCGAACGUUCGGCCAGAGGGACAUUGAGCAUUCCAAGCCAAACUAUUUUCAUUUGAAGUCAUUACUGGAAUACGGCAAACACAUUCCAGACGAUGGUUCUAUACGACUCAUCAACGUUUGUCUAUUAAUUCUAGAACAUUUGAACAAUUAUAACGGCAAUGAUUCUCCAAAGUGUUAACAAAUUUUCGUCGAAGUUUUUCUUCUGUUUUCCGACGUAAUAGUUCGAUUGGAAAGAAUCCCAGUCAACAGCGCAGAAAGACGAGAAGAAUUGACAUUUACCAAUCUCCUAGCGGCUAUCAAUUUUGGUUCGAUGAUUGUGACCAAUUUGAUGUUUCAUCCUCCAUCCCAUCAGCGUUCAAAUUCAAGAAAACUGCAAUUCAGUCGUGCAAAGGACGUAUGCCUUGAUAACCACAGUAUUUAAAUUGCGCCAUCCUGAUCGCGGAGAAAGCGAAAGGUUAAACCAAGUUCUCGGUGGAUAUUUCCGUAUCGAAAAACGACGUAAUGGAUUCACCUCUUUACUGCAUAUGGCAGUCGAAAGAUUUCUGGAAAAACCCGUCGACGAUGAGCUUAUGAUAGCCGUAGAAGUCAUCCAACUGUUUAUUGACAAUGGAGCCGAUCCCAGGAUCAUUGAUUGCGAUGGAAAAACGCCACUUCAUUUGCUGGCCGAACGCUGUUCACCGGAUUGCAAAGAACCCUACUAUUGUGUAUUUGAGGCAGUGCUGGAAGGUGGUGGUCAUUUAGAUCAGGUGACGGCAGAUGGGGUGACAGUCCUCAAAAUCCUGCAGAAGAAGAAGAAACAACUCAUUAGUGGCGAGGUCCUUGAUCCUAGGAUUGAUGCUUGGACUAAUGCUAUAUUAUUGCUUCAGUGCUAUUCCGCACAAAGCAUACCACCUAAAAUUAUUAUGAAAUCGACAGAUGUAUUCCCACCAAACAUCCAGGAAUUUCUAGCCCAGCAUCACAAACCUCAAGGUAAUAAAUAUAAUUAUGUCAUGGGGGCAAAACAAUAUUGUUGUAAGUAAUCAGUAUUCAUCAAAUUAACAUUUGUUUUUAGUUCUGCAACAGCUUCCCUUGUUACCUCCUCGAUUUCCUAGUGGCUAUCGGGUUAUGGGUAUUCCCAGAUGAAGGUGAGCUACUAGAAGUUUGGGUGUGUUGCAUAUCUAGUGCUGUGGAACACUUGUAAUUGAGGUUUGGCUGACGAAGAAAUUGUAAUAUUGACAAAACAUUUCCAAGAUCCAAUCGAGGUAGCGCAGAAUUCACUGUGGGAGACAGCUGAGUCGCGAGAAGUCACAAGAGGAAAUAUAAAAAAACUAAACAGAAAACCACUUAUAUUGUUGUUUUUGUCGACGUCUGCUUUUAGUUGUGUUUAUGUUGUCCGGCAAGUUGUUACCCGCCAUCUGUCAGCGAUCGGACCAACCUGAUUUGAGCCAAUUUAUUGAUGUGUUUGGUUUCAACAGCCGGACAUGACGCCAUCGAAAACUAAUUUCAAGUUUUUUUUAUUUAUUUAUGUUUGACUUUCUCUUUAUCGUUACAAAUCUCGCAGUAUAUGUCUCUCUGCCAUGUCCUUGUGUCUUAUCUCAUUAACACUCUUAAACUCCCCAGCCUAGCCUAGAAAAAUUCCUCGUCUCCUCAAUCCUGAUAACAAACCUACGUAACCUACCCAUUUCUAGCAGAUAUCUCCUUUUGGCCUGAAGGUGGUAGUGGCUAGGGAUUCUUGUUGCUUCACAGCGCCCACACAAGGCAGGAAACGACGGGGAUACAACGUACGUACAAGGAUUGGUCCAACAGUUCUCUUUUCUACUCCGUCGUGUACGCAUCCAGCCAACGCAUCCUCUCGAGUAGUCAAGUGUCUAUCAGCUACUUUUCCAUCGAUUAGUAACGAUCGAACGAUAUCUUCGGGAAAAAGGCAAUAAAUCACGUAACAACUUA